CUUCAUCUUGGUCAAUGACGUCGCGAUAAUCCACUCAGACGCUGGUUAGUUGAUGCGGAUUGAGGCGCCUUUUUCACUAAAUCGCAUGAAGAAAAUUGGAGAAGAGAUGACAGUUAUUCGAGAACAGCGAGUCACAAUUGACAGAAUGGAAGUUGAAGGUGAAGGCGUUUUCCCCAACCCAAGUGUACCACCAGACAGCUGUCCAAAUAUAGUAUCACCCGACAGCCAAGAGCAUCUUGAGGUAACAUCUCAAGUAUCAGAGGACUGCGUGGAACUUUUUUGCGGGUGUGACCCUCGGUAUAAGUGGUACGAUAUCGAAGGAAAAGGUGUAUGCUGCCAAUGCCUGUUCUGUUGUCCCUUUUUGGUGAUAUUCUUGUCCAUACUUGCUGCAAUCCUGCAUUUCCUGUAUUGGUAUUUGUACGUUUGAUAGCGGCAAACAAUCUUUGUAGCAGCUGUAGUAUAUUACAAACACUGGCUGGUGUCAGUGACUCUGAUGCAACUCCCAAAUCACUUUCACCGAAAGUAUGAAUUUCAUGACCAAUCGGUUCAUCAGGAAAUAAACUGCUGGUAGUUAGAGAACUAACAAUUAGCCGAAUUUAGUGAACAACGUAUAGCUGAUGAGGAGUAGAAAUAAGCUUAUUAUAUACGCUCCUGAAGCCGGAGAGUCUUAAUGUCCACCAUUAAUAAAUACUCAAGUAUGUGUUCGUUAGUGUCCCUCAUAUGCAUCGACGGAUGUGAAAUUACGUUUGAGGUAAACUGCUUAACCUUAACUCCGACGAGUGACCAAGACAGAGUUUCUUCUUACAAUGUUAGUACAAUAUCUAGUAGACAAGUGAUGAGAAUAAAGAAAUUAUCACUUAGAGGAUUAUUAAUUGAUCCGAUAUCAAAUUCUCCGAAUUGCAUCAUAAGUAGUGUAUGGAAUGCCGUAAUGAGAAUCACUAAUGAGAUCUUGAAUGAAUGAACUUUA